AUGACGGAGCUUCGAAUACCGUAUCGAACGUCGUUAAAUGGCAAAGUGUGUGCUUUUAUGACGCAGCAACUUGUGAAAUACUUGCUGUAUAUACGUGGUCAAGUUCCAUGCCUUUACGACGAACUUUUGCAGUUUGUCAAAAAUGUCGAGCGUCAAAAACAACAACAAGUAUAUCAGCCAAUCAAAAGAAGACUUUCAAUGACUCGAGGUAUCAAGAAGGCAUUCCAGUUUGUCGAAGCGUGUGAGAAAUUAUUCCGAAAUCAAUUGAACGUUAUGUUCUCAUUGCAAGUAAAAAGAGGUGAAGUGGCAUUCAUUUUUGGGUCGUCGAUGAUGCGUCCACGCGAAGCUUUUCUUGUUGAUUUUGACAAUGUAGAUGAUUCUAAAGUGAUGAUGUCCUCUGCUACUACUUUACAUCAAUUGGAUGAGAAAGAAACGUCAUUCAAAGACUCAGAGACGUUGACGUCAACAGCAUUACCCAUGAGUAGAGAAAAAUUGAUGCAUUUGUGCUCACAAAAGCUUGUGCGUGCAUUAUUCACACGUUCUAUCGAGCACUUUACUGCGUUACCAGCAACAAAGUUGCACAUUGCAGUGCUAGCGGAGCGCCAGCCUGUGCGUAUUCCUGGAUUUCUUCCGAAGCAGCAGUUCAGGCUUCGGCUUCCAAAAAGUAAAAGUCGGACGCACUACUUGACAAUAUGCAGAAGUGAUGACAGUAGGAAGCAGUCACAAGAAGAUGACUUGCACUAUCCGGUUGCACAGCAAACUACAAGUGACGAUACGAGCACAGUGAGAAGCGAUACUGGGGAACACUCUUCAAACGUCCAAACCGAGACAGACAACGUGUGGUAUGUGCUGGAAAAGCCUAUUGCAGGCUUUUCGGAGGCUAUAAACACCCUUGGUGGCCAGUGA